GUGUCCUGUGUCUGGUUCUGGGCCCCUCACUUCAAGAGGGUGAUGGAGUAUGUCUAGAGAAGGGCAAUAGAGCUGGUGAAGGAAGGCUUUGGAGCUAUGAUGAGCUGCUCAGGGAGCUGGGAGUAUUUAGCCUGGAGAAAAGGAGGCUCAGGGGAACCUUGUCACUCUCUACACCUCCUUGUAAGGAAGGUGUAGCCAGGUGGGGAUCGGCCUUUUUUCCCAGGCAACCAGUGCCAGGACAAGAGGACAUAACCUCAAGCUGUACCAGGGGAGAUUUAGGUUGGAUGGUAGGAGGAAUUUCUCUACAGAAAGGGCAAUGAGACAUUGGAACAGAUAGGCCAAGGAAGGUGGUGGAUUCACCUUCGCUGGAGGUGUUUAAGGAAAGAUUGGCUGUGGUACUCAGUGCUACGUCUAGCUGAGUUGGUGGUGUUCGGUCAUCGCUUGGACUCGAUGAUCUCAGCUCUCUUCCAGCCUGAUUGAUCCUGUGCUCCUGUGACCGCGGCCCGCCCCGCCCCGCCGCGCUCCCUCCGGAGCGGCAGGGGCGCUGUGGGGCGCAAAGCGCGCCCGCCGGGCGGGGUUCCGCCGCCGCGCCGGGAGCGGAGCCGAGGGAUGCCGGCCGACACCGGGCCGGGGCCGGGCCGCAGAUUUUGCAUUCCCCUCCUGCUGGCCUCCCUCCCUACAAUGGCUGCAGGUGAAGAGAUCGCCUCUGCCCUGCAGGACUCGUGGGGGGACUUCUGGCUCUUCCGUUUCUUUGUUAAUGCUGCUGGCUAUGCCAGUAUUGUGGUACCAGGCUUCCUCCUCAUCCAGUACUUCAAGAGAAGGAACUACUUGGAGACAGGCAGAGGCAUUUGCUUCCCUGUCAUCAAAUCAUGUGUGUUUGGCUCUGAGGUGAAGUCUAUGCAUCAGGACGAUGGCUCCCUGCCACCCCGAGCAGAGCCCACAGAGUCCUCCACAGCCCGACAGGUCUUCAAGCUGCUCUGCUGUGCUGCUGGUCUACAAGUUUCCUACCUCACAUGGGGUGUCCUCCAGGAGCGUGUGAUGACGAGAACAUAUGGUGCCACUGAAACAGACCCUGGAGAGAAGUUCAAGGACUCCCAGUUCCUUGUGUUCAUGAACCGCAUCCUGGCCUUCACAGUGGCUGGUCUGUACUGCGCCCUGACCAAGCAGCCACGCCAUGGGGCUCCUAUGUACAAAUACUCCUUUGCCUCCCUCUCCAACAUCCUCAGCAGUUGGUGUCAGUAUGAGGCACUCAAAUACAUCAGCUUCCCCACCCAAGUGCUGGCCAAGGCCUCCAAAGUGAUCCCAGUGAUGAUGAUGGGCAAACUGGUGUCGCGCAAGAGCUAUGAGUACUGGGAGUACCUGACUGCUGCCCUCAUCUCCGUGGGGGUCAGCAUGUUCCUGCUCUCCAGUGCUCCUAACAGGACGGUGUCCACUGUCACCACUUUCUCUGGCAUAGUACUCCUGGCUGGCUACAUAAUCUUCGACAGCUUCACCUCCAACUGGCAGGACGCUCUCUUCACCUACAAGAUGUCUCCCGUGCAGAUGAUGUUUGGUGUCAACGUCUUCUCCUGCCUUUUCACCGUGGGCUCGCUCUUGGAGCAGGGUGCCUUGCUGGAGUCGCUGCGCUUCAUGGCCCGCCACUCGGAGUUCACCGCCCACGCCGUGCUGCUCUCCGUGUGCUCUGCCUGCGGCCAGCUGUUCAUCUUCUACACCAUCAACCAGUUCGGGGCAGCUGUCUUCACCAUUAUCAUGACACUCCGACAGGCCUUUGCCAUCCUCCUCUCCUGCCUCAUCUACGGGCACACUGUUACUGUUGUGGGUGGGCUGGGCAUAGCCGUUGUCUUCAUGGCCCUCUUCCUCCGUGUCUACGCCCGCAGCCGCAUGAAGAAGCGCAGUAAGAAGCUCCCGCCGGGUGAGACCCCUGUUCAAAAGGUCUAAGGAAGCUGAGGCCAUGGCAUUUAAGCCAUGCCUGCUGUCCUGCCUUCACUUGAAGGCAUUUGCUGGAUUUCUCAGAACCCGCUGAGAAGAGUGGGGUAUGGAUAGGCAGGACCAGUGACUCAGUUUUCCACCUGCUUUUCCUGGGAAAGGGGCUGGAACAAGCCCAGGAAAUGCUCUGGGCUGACGCAGCUCCAAACCUUUCCAUUUGCCUUAAUAGGUCAGACUUACAGCCAAGGCUCAGGCCUGGGGACACACCAGCAUGGGAGUGCCGGUAUUCCUGACCCACCUCUGUCUUGUGGCUUCUCCCUUAAAGUCACUGAAGAACAAGGGAACUCUUUCCUGGCACAGUCUUGCCUCUGGCUAAUGCUCCUCCAUUUCUGUUAGUACUACAGAGCAUGGCAGGAGGAAAGGGCAAGCAAAACACUAGGUUUCUUUUUGAAAUACCUCUGAGUGAGGCAAGUCCCAAGCUGAGCCCAUCGAAGGGUGGGGAGUGCUCUUCCUCCAUUCCAGGAGGGGCUCGGGGUAGUACAGGCACAGCCAAGGGAAGGACUCCCAGACUGUCCUACCCCAGGCCUGCAAUCUGCUCUGGGAGGGCACUGCAGUGAAAGCCAGUACCUCCCACUUUGGUUUUAUCGAUUCUUUACCCCUGCUCCAGGACACUUUCUUUGCCCCCUCAGCCCAGGCUGAUUUUUAUGCAGUACCUGAGCUGGACAGUUCCCAAGGCUUGCCAAGUCCUUUGAGGUUGCUUUUUGGUUACAUCUGCUGCUGUUACAGGCCAAAGGCUGCACUGCCCAGAAGCCCCAGCACCAUCUCGGGGUCCCUCAGUGCCAUGGUUUCUGGGCUUUGCAGUUGCCAUUCAGACAAGCACAAACAAGCCCUCUUUUUCCUGCCACCUGGAGGCACUGGCCCUGGUUUUCCGAGGGGCUGGCCAGAGUCUGUGCCUGGAGGGUUGGGACAUGGGGCAGAGCCCGCUUGCGGUGCCUUGUUCCUGCUCCACAGACAGCAGGGGACAGAGCAGUGAAAGCUGUUCUUCCCCACAAGCCUGGGUUUUAUCAGUCAAUCCUUUUCUCAUCAACACAACCUGACUGACAAACAAGCAGGUUUUGGUACUUUUGCAAGGCAACUUUUUUCUCUUUUUAUUUUAUUAAAUUAAAAAUAUGCUGCAUAUAGUGCCAUGGGUGUAAAUGGCGGGGGGGGGUGGUGUCGGUUGGUUGGGGUUUUUUUCCAUGUACCUGAAAGGAGAGAAGAGAUUUCCAACUUUUCCUGUCCCUAGUCUCUCUGGGACACCAGAGUUGUCUUUCCAAAUACAGGUGCUUCUCUCUGUCUUUGCCAAGGCUGUUAUCAACCAGGGUUGCACUCAAAGCUGCAAGGCCUGACGGGGAGCACAGCCAGGUUAGGAAUGCUGCUUAUGCUGGUGGGCAGGUGAAGGAGGCAUUAGCCUGAGCCUUGUUUGGCUCCUAGGUUCUCUUCAUGGUGCAACUUAAGGAAUUCCCAGUGGGUGUAGCUACCAAGAGGUGAUACAAAGGCCUGCUGAGCACAUGGCAACCAGGGCCAGCGGUGCUGUAGUGCUUUGUGGGGUGUACUGCAGCAGCCAGAGCUAGGAGAGGCUUGAGGUGUGGAAGAUCCAUCCUCCUGGUAUGUGUGGGAGGCCUGGUGAAAAACGGUGUAGGCAAGGGUGAGUCUGGGGUCAGAGACAGGACUGGGGCCUAACACAGCUAGGAAAAGGGGACACUCAGGUGAGGGUUACAAGAGAAACAGAGGAGGAGAAUAGGGACAGUAGUGACUCAGCUGAGCCUGGAGGGAUACCAGAGCUGGUGCUGAGCAUAGCCCAGGCUUCAGAGCACUUGGCUCUCCAGCAGUUUUACCAGUGCUCCUUUUGUAGCUCUGAGCUUUUGGAGGUGCCUGUGCAACCUCACAGAUUUUCAUCCUGCCCUACAAAUUCACUCAAAUGUCUGCACCCACCAUCUGCUGACAGACUGAAAAUGGAAUGUGAUUUCCUUUGAUUAAAAACAAAACAACAAAAAACCACAUUACCAGGUUAGGAAUGGAAUACAAUGGGAUAACCUUUCUAAUUUAAAUGUAGAUUAAAACAAAACAUUAGUGGAAAAAGAAAACCCAGGACAUUAACUUAAAAAGUUAGUUUUUACUGAUUCACUAUUUGGCAACACUUGCUAGUGAGAGAAAUCCUGGUUUUAAACAAUUUGCUAGCUUAGCUCCACCACUGCCCUCACAAGCUGCACCCACACAGCUGCCACACUGGCAGCACAGUCAGUGUCUUGGUGUGCAGCAAGGGAUUCCAGCAGGCUCUGCCUCCCUGCUGAAGAUGGAUACUGGCUAAAGCACAUUCUAUUUUGUGCCUGUGGCAGCUGGCAUGUGCGCAGCAAGACAGCUUAAUGCAGCAAGAGAAGUUAAGUGUCACUUUUCUCUGACAAACCCCAAGGGCCAUUGUGCCCAGGGGUGAAAAACCUCACAGAGAGUGAGCUAAGUGCAAGGGGCAGCUCAGUCAGAGGUGAUGCCCCAGGCUUCUCAUCAAGGACACAGAUGGAAAGAAGGCAACACACACAGUGGCUGCAGAAGGCCAGAAAGGGCAGGCUGGAGGUGGGAGGAAAGGAGUCUUUGACCCAACAGCUGAAGAGAGGCAGCUUGACUGCAGUCCUGGGGUGUCACUCCAAAUGCUGCUCCACACUGCAGUGGAACAGGCAGAUGGCUCCUGCCACUGUCCUGCCCCAGAUGUGCUUAGAUCAAACCUGCCAGCAGCAGCUUAGGCCAUGGCACAGCUCAGCCAGCUGAUUCACACAGAUUGGAAAUUUGCUCCUAGGCUGGGGGGCAUGCAGCUCUCCAGGUGGAGAACUACUGCUCAUUGGAGAUGAUCCCACCUGCACAGAAGGUCAUGUGUUCCUUCCACCCACUUCAUCUUGCCAGGGCAUGGAAGAGAUAAAGAUCUCCUAAAGCAGGGCUCAGACCUACACAGCAGAGUCCAGUGCCCUCAGGCCCAGGCUGAGACAUUUUCCUCAGCAGAGUAGGCAUGAAACACAAGGGACCCCACCAUGUAAAUCAUCAAUUCUUUAAUUCCAGUAGAACAAAAAUCCAGAAAAAUAAUCAAACAAAAUCCAACCAAAAUACAUUAUGCUAUCCUGGGGCUUCAGGGAGGUAGCAGUUUGCAGGAAGGGCUCUCCCACCCCAAUGGAAUAAGGACAGUGUUUGAUGCCUACUGGUAACAUGAGACACUCCAUGAAGGGGAGAAAGGAAAGCCUGAUGCCUCCUCACACCUCCACUCCCCAUCAGCUGUUCCUACACAAGCAGAAAGACACAGAACAACAGACAGGCCUCAGGCUACCUGAAUCACUACUAACAAACAGAGAAUCAUGCCCUCCUGCACCCUGCCAAAAACAACCCCAACCAAACACAGCCAAAAGAAUAGACACCACCAAGAAGUCAGUAGCAGCUGGUGGGAGCAGACCAUCUUCUAAGCAAACAUGAUAAAGUAGAGGUCUGGCAGGUGAAGGAAGAACCUUC